GUUCGUAACAACUGUCACCUUUGUUCGCGACUGUCGUUGAGAAACACAACAUACACCUCAACCUCAUCGUCGUGCACACACCACGCGCGUCGACUCACCUCUCUUCCCCUCGACUGCAUCACAUCACCACUCACAGACAUCAUCUUCACAUUCGUCGUCAUUGGAUUCACUCUUCCCGCCACCGCCGCCACCGUAACACACCCGCCGCCUGCGCGACCAUCACUUGACUCGUCUCGCACCCUUAUCCCCCUCCCCCGCCGCCGUCCCCACUUGCCACCACCAUCACCCCUCUUAACCCCGGCCUGGGUACACACGCGCCCCUGCAUCUCCCCUCGGUCACACACAAGUGCAUUCCCCCUUCCCCCUUGCACACAUAACGAAACACACAUACACAGCACAAUCGACACGCUAGUCAGCAACACUUGACGCGCGCGUUGCCGCUCUUCCUUCUGCCCACCCCACCACCUCCUUUCGACGCCGCCGCCGCCGCCCCCAUUCGAAUCGAUCUGUACACCUUCUACCACGCACGCACGCCGCAUAACCUCAUCGCACACAGCCCCCCCUCUUGCCCCCCCCAUACAAUCGAAUGACACCCCAUCUCGCCCUGUGACCACACGACGGGCUUGCCUUGACCCUUUGCGCGCCCUCCGUCUCGCGCGCCAAGACGGUAUCUUACACACACGUUAGCCUUUAUCAUCAUCUGGCACAACACUACACAUCAGCCGCAUCGCGGCAUUGCUCCUCCCCCCAUCUCCCCUCGUCCAUCACUGCACGAUGCCUGCUGAAGACGAGGUAGCGCGCAAGCGCGAUAGCGAGAGCGGCGGUCAUUCCACUCGCCACCGCGAACGCAUAGGCAACUACGUCGUCGGCGUCGAGAUUGGCCGUGGUAGCUUUGCGACAGUCUACAAGGGCCAUCGCUCGAAGUCCAAGGUUGCCGUCGCGAUCAAGGCAGUCUCCCGCCAGAAGCUCACGAGCAAGCUACUUGAUAAUCUCGAGAGCGAGAUUAACAUUCUCAAGGCCAUUAACCACCGCAACAUUGUCGCGCUGAUCGAUUGCUUCAAAAACGACACACACAUCUACCUCGUUAUGGAGUACUGUUCUGGCGCGGAUCUGUCCAUCUAUCUGAAGAACCGCGGUCGCAUCGAGACUCUCGACUUUAUCCCCAGAGUGUACGAAUCCGGCAUGGUCGCGUCGAGAACAGAAGGCAAGGUCUUCUGGCCACAUCCCGCGACUGGCGGUCUCGACGAGCGAGUGACGCGCUGCUUCCUCGGCCAGCUCGCCGAAGCAGUCAAGUUCCUGCGAUCUCAGGACUUGAUACAUCGCGACAUCAAACCACAGAACCUCCUCCUCCAGCCGCCCACGGCUACAGAGGUUUCCGAGGGCCACCCGCUCGGAAUCCCCAUCCUCAAAGUCGCCGACUUUGGCUUUGCCCGCAUUCUGCCAGCCGCGGCAAUGGCAGAAACCCUGUGCGGCUCGCCACUCUACAUGGCCCCAGAGAUUCUGAGAUACGAAAAGUACGACGCCAGAGCCGAUCUGUGGUCCAUUGGCGCCGUCCUCUACGAGAUGGCGGUGGGACGCUCGCCAUUCAGAGCUCCAAACCACGUCGAGCUGUUGCGAAGAAUCGAGCGGGGCGAUGACCGAAUCAAGUUCCCAGACGAGUCAUCGCGGGCUCCAACUCCUGCCGCCGACGGCUCCGAAGCGCCCCCAAUUAUUCCAGUCUCGGCAGACAUCAAGCAGCUGAUCCGCGCACUCCUCAAGCGCCACCCGUCUCAGCGCAUGGGCUUUGACAACUUCUUCGCUUGCGGCGUCUGGGAUGGCUUCAUGGUCGAGUCGGUGGCGGAUGUCAGCACCAGCAUUGAUGUGUCGACCGACAGCUCGGACGCGGGUUACUACAGCCCGCGCCAGGACCUCGACCUCAGCGCAGAGCGGGAGCGCCAGUUGCUCACCCCAGCACUAGCCCCUCCUUCCCCAGUAUCGCCCAUGGUGAAGCGUACAGGAUCAGGAAACAACAUCGCGCGCCCAAGCAGCACCGUGCCCACGCCGACGACAACGCCUGCGCGACCGCCCUCUGUGCGCCGCUCAGAGCCCAAGUACUACGUUGGCGACGAGCCCGCUGAACCCGGCCCCCCUUCUCCGUCACCCACCAGUGGAUCCCCCGUCGCCCCUCGACCAAUCGGCUCGUCCUUCACAACGCCUGGUCGAGUAUCGCCACGAAUGGAGCGCGCUGGAAGCAGUGCCGAUGACGUCCCAGUCGUCACGCCCCCUGGGCCUAUUCACGCGCCACGACCAGUCAUCGGCAGCUCGCCGCUUGCAGCAACGCCUCCUAUUACGGUGACGGGCAAGGAUGACGCAGCACUCGGCGCCAGCGACUCGGUCGGAAGAGAAUAUGUCGUGGUUGAGAAGCGCACUGUUGAGAUCAACGAACUGGCAGAUGAGCUUGAACAGCAGACUGCCAGACGACCGUCCGUCGGUGCCGUCGUUCGAAAGACGAGCAUUGUCUCGCGCCCAGUAUCGACCUUCCGCCCGACCGGAUCGAGCCCGCCCACACCUCAGCCUUCGCAGCUGACAGCAGCGUCCUACUCGCCACCGUUUGCGUUUGGCACGACGCCACCUCCAUUUGCGGUACCAGCUGUUCGCCAAACCGUUGUACCACGUUCGCGACAGCCAUCGUUACCGGGUACGCCCACGGUGUUCCCACCACCUGGAACGUAUGCUAUUUCACCCGACCGCCACUCGUCUUCGCCCUCUUCGUUGCCUGCAAACGCCCUCGCACGUGUGCUCACAAAUACUGCCGUGCGUCUGCUCAACUCGUCGGCCAACACGGCGGCAACUGCGAUAGCACGGGCCACUGGCACUUCUACCAAGAAAUGGCCACUAGUGGAACGGUCGGGUGAAAUUGACCCCGACGAGGGUAUUAUUCUGGAUUUCUUGGAAGAUACCGCCCGCAAGGCCUACGUUCUCUUUGAACUCGCCGACCAGCGCUUGCUUCUGUGGUCGCAGACAUCGAGGCAGCCUGCGUCCAUUUCUUCGGCGACUAUUACGUCGACCACUCCCCCGAGCUCAAACGCACCACCGUUCUCAGUACCGCCCGUGUCGAUCUCUGCGAGACGCAAGUCGUCAUCGUCCUCGACUAGCAGUGACAUUCUUGCCCUGAGACAGCAAGAAGCAGCUGCUGGCGACGCGUGCGCGCUGUACUUCAAGUCGCUGGCGUUUAUCUGCGCGGGCCAUGAACGCUUCAAGCACUACUGGGAGGCGCGCUCCACUCGCAAUGUGGAAUACCAGACCAGCGCCGAGCUGAAUGAACUCGUUCAGUGGUUCCGUGCACGCUUCAACGAAGUGUACGAGAAGGCUGAAUGGACAAAGGCUCGAUGCGCCGACGAGCUGCCCUAUGUCGAUCGCCUCGUGCACGACCGUGCACGCGACAUUUCUCGACAGUCGGCGCAGGCCGAGCUCCUCGGCGAUCUGGCUGCUGCCGAAGAUGGCUACGAGAACGCCAUGUGGCUUCUUGACACCCUCCUGGACGAUGCAAUGUACGAGGGUGUCAAGCUGCGUAACGAGGACCGCCUUCUCUUUGAGCACCUCAUUGGGUCCAUUCGCGACCGCCUUGAUGGCGUGCGGCGCAAGCUUGAUGCUAGCCGCACCAAAUGAGCAUAUAUGGACUGUGCUUUUCUCCACGUCUCCACACAACUUUUGGUUCCAACAACAACGACUUGAAUCGAUUCCUGAACGCUCGACUCGGCCCAGCUCCCCAAACAUCACCCACACCUGCCUGCGAGGUGUCACUGCUGCUCUCCACUACUACUUGAAUCAUUUCACCACUCCACCCUGCACACCUUCCACCACCCAGUCAAUCGAUACAUCCAUACUCGGGCUGCCUCAGCAGACGAGUCUUUAGAAUCCCACGCCCAUCUCAGUGUUGUCCAUUCUCAUCUCAUUCGUCGUGAAUCCAGAAUCCGAACGUAAAUCACCCGUUGUACUCUGUACCGUGGGCUCCUCCACCUGAUGCCAAAUGUGUCAUGAGA